CAGUCUUUAGCGUGGCAAAAAGUCCCAAAACUCGGCGAAAUUGCACCACUCUCCAACCGAAUUCGGUGCGUUCAUCUUGCUGACCAAUAUUACACGUGUCGUCCAUCAAACAACUAGCAUUCCAUCCGGAAUAUCAAAGCGUUUUGCCUAUAAAUAUGACAAAAAAGAGUUAAUCUCUCCAACUUCAGUUCUCCCCUGAAAAAGAGCCAACACAGAGUAGCGUGAGAGAGAAAAGGAGCGACCUGAAUUUUCUGGAACACAAUAAAUAAAAAAAAUGGGAAGAAUAUUGAACAUAGUAUUCCUUGCAGCUAUUGCUAUAGCGACGAUGUUGCAGAGCUCGUCGGCACGGACAACUUAUGUUGUCGGGGAUGCUUUAGGUUGGCUUGUUCCCCCAGGCCCUGCCGUUUACACCAUAUGGGCUGCAAACAAGACUUUCAGAGUUGGAGACACUCUUGUUUUUAAUUUUGCUACUGGAGCACACAGCGUGGCUAGAGUCACAAGAGCGAAUUAUGAUGCUUGCAACGCUGCUAGUCCCCUUUUUUUACUUUCAGAAAGUCCUGCAACUGUUACCCUCGAUGAAACUGGGGAUUACUAUUUCCUCUGCGCCUUUCCUGGCCACUGCAGUUUAGGUCAAAAGUUCGCAAUAAACGUUAGUGCUGCGGCUUAGUCUUCUGCUCCUCAGCCUUUAAACCCUGUUCCUCAACCUUCUUCUCCUGUUUCUCGACCUCUACUCCUGUUAAAAUAAAAAAAAUAAGAGAUGAGAAAUAAUAAA